UAUGCCCUGAAGAUCUUAGAAAAACAGAAGAUCACCACCUUAAGGGAUGUUGAAAGGAUUUUGGUCGAGAAACGGGUCGCUCUCACAGCAGCUGUCCACCCCUUCACCGUGGAUCUACAUGCCACCUUCCAGUCAGACCACCAUCUCUUCUUCCUCAUGGAGUAUGUCGCUGGAGGCUGCUUAAGGACUCUCCUGGAGAGGGAACGUAAAUUUGGACAACGGAGGACUACGUUCUAUGCUGCGUGCACAGUGCUGGCCAUCUCCUAUUUGCACGAAAAUGGUAUCAUACACCGAGAUCUCAAGCCGGAAAACCUGCUCUUAGACAGCAACGGGUACAUCAAACUGGCUGAUUUCGGACUAUGCAAAGACGGAAUUGGCUAUGGGGACAGAACACGCAGCCUGACUGGAACCUAUGACUACAUGGCUCCCGAAGUCCUCUCCAGGCUGCCGUAUUCAAGAUCUGCAGAUUGGUGGUCUCUGGGCAUCGUGAUCUUCGAGAUGCUAGUCGGGGACCUACCAUGGAUGAGACCAUCUAUUGGCGUCGUCUGCCCAAAGUUCCUGGCUGAGGAUGCAGCUAUUUUAAUAUCAGGGCUUUUACAGUUGGACCCAUGGAUGCGGCUGGGCUCCAGCGAGGAAGAUGCAGGUGAACUAAUGUUUCAUCAUUUCUUUCGAGGCAUUGACUGGCUGGCUUUGGUACAGAGAAAAUUGCAGCCCCCAUUCAUACCGGAGGAUGUUGGACUUUCCGACGAUGGACCCUGUUAUGAACAUCUACUUCUAACACCUCCCUCCGAGGGUUCCUUGGCAAUAAGAAAAGAGAUCGCCGAUGCCUUUGGGAGCUUCGAUUAUUCCGCAAUAUAGAGCUGCGUGAUCAUCCUGCAACGCAAAAAUCAUUGCCAUCACCCGCGUUGACAGAAGAUUGGGGACACAUGAAAAACGGCACAUCAGGUUUCACAUCAGGUCAUCUUGCUUUCUGUUUCUCUUCCAUCCAGAGCAAUUAGCGGUACCCCUCCUCCUUCCACCAUAGCUCCACCAGCGGUGCCCCAUCUCCUGCUACCGUAGCUCCACCGGCGGUGCCCUCCCUUCCUACUAAAAUAUAGCAUCAUAAACAGGAGCGCACUUAAGCCACUCGGUAAACCCUGCAUUCCUUUUCACUCCAUCCCCCAAGUGUGCAGAAGCCGGGUCUGCAGGCUGCUGGGGCUCCAAUGGAAUGAAACGGAAUGCAGCAUUCACCGAGCUGCUUAACGGUGCUCAUGUUUAAGCUGCCAUAUUGCUUACCGUAAUUCCACCUGCGGUGCCUCCCUUUCCACCUAAAAUAUGGUUUCAUGGGCAGAUGCACCUAAGCCACUCGGUAGUCCCUGCAUUCCAUUUCACUCAAUCCCUCAGUGUGCAGAAGCCGGGUCUGCAAGCUGUCUGGGCUGCCAGUUCUCCAAUGGAAUGGAAUGGAAUGCAGCAUUCACCUAGCAGCUUAAUGGCGCUCAUGCGUAUGCUGCCAUAUUGCUUUCUUUUUCUUUUCCUUCAUUCCAAUUCCACCAGCAGUUGUCCCUCUUAUAUAGUAUCAUAAACUGGAGCACCAUUUAGCCACUCGGUAGACUCUGCAUUCCUUUCAACUCCAUCCCUCAGUGUGCAAAUGCCGGGGUGUGCAGGCUGCCUGGGUUCAAUGGAAUGGAUUGGAAUGCAGCAUUCAUCUAGCUGCUAAACGGUGCUCAUGUUUACGUA